AUGGCUCGCCAACCAGCAACCGUUCCGCUUGUCACGAAGCGGCUCAUGGGUUCCAAGGCACGCAACCACAAGAAGAGCAAGCUCAUGAGCCCCGCACCCACCCUGGAGGCCACCGCGGAGGAAAAGGUCCGCAUCGUCAAGCGUCGCAUCGAAAAGGCAGAGCGCGACGAGCGGAUGGACAUCACCAUGGCCCUCACCCCGGUCAAGACCUACAUGGGUGGCUUCACCCGUCCCAAGGAUCUUCGCGCGCUCUACUGGUCCAAGGGCGGCCGCUUCCAGCGUCUCGGCAAGGUCUUUGAAGCUCCACCCGAGGCCGCAUAUGAGCCGCACACCGUCUUCCUUCUCGAGGGCCGCUAUGAAACUCGCCAUGGACUCGGCCGUCCAGAGACGUUUGACCACGUCGUCGGUUUCUGCCGCGAAUCCGACUUCCCCGACGUCCUCAAGAAGUACAACUCCCCCCGUGCUCCCACCAGCGAGCUCGAGUCCAUGGACAACGCCCGCUGGCCCUGGGGCAAGCAGCGUAACACCACUCGUAUCAGCUGGUGGGCCAAGGGCGAGGAUGCCGAGGCGAUCCGCAGGGAGAUCAUGACUGGUGAACUUGCAUCAGAGCCUGCUGACUCUGCCGCCAGGCACGCCAGCUCAGCCAUUCCACCUACUGUUCCUAGGUCCCCCAUGCAGCCCCAGGCCCGCGCCUUCCACACCUCUGCGCGUGCGUUCGAUACCAACUCGUAUAACGCAGACCACAUCGUUCCCGACUUCUACAUCCAGCAUAAGAAGCAGAAGAAGGCCACUAACAGCAACGGCGAGGAGGUGGCCGUCGAGGAGGCCGAGGAGGUUCCGGUCGAAUACCAUCUAGAGGACCAAAACACCCAGGUCCGCGACCCAUCGCUGCGCAACACUGGGAUUCGCAAGCGCUCGCACAAGGGAGCCGCACUCAUGCCCCACCUCUCCGACUCGCUCAUGUCGGACGAGAUCUCAGCGAGCACUCGCCGUCUGCGCGGCAAAAUCCCUGUUGAGCACUACGACGCCGACGGCAACCUCGUCCACUCGAGCGGCUACGUCACCCCGGGCUCGCAGGGGCACUCGAGCCACUCGCGUGCCCACCGCCGCAAGGAGAACCUGCGUGACGAGGAAGAAGAGCACGCCGCGCAGACCGCCGCUGUCGCGGAGGCUGUGCUAGAGUCCGACCUUGACACCCUCAGCGCCGUGCGCACGCGCCCUCACCCGCACAAGGUUCCCUUUGAAGUGCGCGACGCUGAGGGGCAGGUCUUCCACCCGAGCGGCUUUGCCCCGCCCACGCCCGCUGACGAGUUCAAGUACUCGGACAGCGCGAGCCUGGAGCGCGAUCUCAGCUCCGCCGUCAGCAGGCAGCGUGCCCGCGAGCGCGACGCCUCGACGCCCAAGGGCGGUCGCGGUAUCCACACUACCGCUAUUGCCCGCGCCACCGUAGCCUUCCACCACCCUCUGCCCAUGGCACCUCCCGAGGCACCCAAGGCCAUCCAGGCCGAGGCUGAAUCUGAAGCAGAGAGCCACCACGCCGCGGUGAUGGACCCCACAGCUCCGCGCCGCUCCCUCCCGCUCUCGCCCGAGGUCAAGGCCGUGCGCGACGCGUACAUGCCCACGCUUGCCGAGAAGCCCUUCUUCCGCCCGCUGCUCACCCUCAGCGUCUCCACGCGCCCGCUCGCAGCCACGCUUGUGCGCCUCUCGCGCUCGCUCGAACGCGGCCUGCCCUUCUACGCCUCCAUCCCGCCCGAAGACCGACGCAGCGGCCCGUCCUUCAACGCGCGCGUGCGCCACCUCCGCCUCGACCGCAUGCAGACGCUCGCCGUGCAGCUCGCGCAGCUGCUCGCCGGCGCGCGCGGCGGGCUCACCGGCCUGCGCUUCUCGCCCGCAGACACAGCGCGCGGCGUCGACGGGCACGGCUUCGACGACACGCUCCCCUGGGACAAGCGCGUCAUCGGCGUCGGCGUCGGCAACUGGCAGACGCGCGCACCCGAGAUCAAGCAGUCGUUCCGCGCCGCCGCCGCCGAGGACGUCCAGGCCGCGUACACCUCCUCGAGCGCCCCCGCGGACAAGGGCGCGCUCAGCGUGUACGGCCUGGACGAGCACGGCCGGCGCAUCUGCGACGAGACGGGCGCGGAGAUGCCGUACGCGGCCAAGCCGAGCCCGAGCCCGAUUAUGCGGGCGAUCGCGGACGAGAUGCGCGCGCGCAAGGAGGACAAGCGGCUCGACUGGGCCGAGGACCACGGCGACCUCACCGCGGGCGAGGUAAACCGCCUGCGCCACGAGCGCAGGGUCCGCAGGGAGACCGUCGCGCGCGAGCACCCCGACGCGCUCGCGCGCUUCCUCGCCAAGGGGCCUAACAGCAUUGUGCACCCUUGA